CAUGGUCUAGUAUCUUGACGUGUCUCGCUUUGCUUUAUAUCUACGUGCGAUCUAUAAGAAUCAAAUUUUAUUCAAUUUUUAUUUUUUAGUCUAUUGCAAACUGAAAAAGAAAUAAAUGAUUUAAUUUAAUACUAUUAUUAUUUGUUUAACUUAAGUGCGUUAAAAUGAUUAAGGCUAUUUUAGUGUUUAAUAAUCAUGGAAAACCACGAUUGUCGAAAUUCUAUCAAUAUUUUAAUGAGGAUAUGCAGCAGCAGAUUAUUAAGGAGACCUUCCAGCUGGUAUCCAAGAGAGACGACAAUGUCUGCAACUUUCUAGAAGGUGGCAGCCUGAUCGGCGGUUCAGAUUAUAAAUUAAUAUACAGGCAUUACGCGACCCUGUAUUUCGUGUUUUGCGUGGACUCGUCGGAAAGCGAACUGGGCAUCUUGGAUCUCAUUCAGGUAUUCGUGGAGACCUUGGAUAAAUGUUUCGAGAACGUGUGCGAGCUGGACCUGAUAUUCCACGCGGACGCGGCGCACCAGGUGCUGGACGAGCUGGUGAUGGGCGGCAUGGUGCUUCAGACCAACAUGAACGAUAUACUGUGCCGCCUGCAGGAGCAGAACAAGAUGCAAAAGGCAGAGGCUGGUAUCUCAGCAGCGCCCGCCCGCGCAGUCUCCGCCGUCAAGAGCAUGAACCUCCCACAGCAGCUGCGUGACAUGAAACUACCUGAUCUCCCACAGGCCAUCAAGGACCUGAAAUUCUGACCGCUACAGCAGGGCGCUUAUCCCGCCAUGCCCGUCGCCAUAGCAACAAACAUACUCAACACGAUCUACCCGCAAAAUGAGAAAUACCACAACCUGCAGAAGACAGAGAACUUGCAUAACAAAUUCUUCGGUUCGGAGACCCUCAGCACAAAAUUCUCGGAGUCCUUCACAGAGAACUAUCAGCAGACCGAGGGUAUCAACUUUCCAAACUAUGAAACCCAUAAAAGUGACGGUUACCAGAACCUGAGUGGCAGUACGAUGGAGUACGAGUACGCUGAUGUGAGAAGGAAGAAGAAGAAGAAGCGUCAGGCGAAGCCGGUUCACUGACUUCUUCACUAGUGUUGGCAAUUAUUAAAAAUGUAUCCCAAAUAUUAAGGACAGAGUAAAACCACAGUAUAAGUUAUAGUACUAAAGCACGGUAUGGACCAUCCCCACCGCCCGCUGCGAUCUAGCCUCACCCCCUCUCAAACACACAUCACCUCUCAGGGAGACUGUACAAAAGUCGUUUGCUUGGCCACCUCUGUCCCAUUCGUGUUUCAACCGUGAAGCAGUUGUGUUUGCAUGGCUGUGUUUAGGUUUGAAGGGUGGGAUAUGGCAGUGAAUUUACAGAGUACAGAGGAAUAACACCUGAGUCCUCAGGAAUGGCAACGCAGGGGAGGUAUCAUGGGCGAAACAGUAUACUCUGUUAUGUUUAUGGCACUGCUCAUGUCUAUAGGUGACGGUUGCCACUUUCCAUCAGGUGAGCCGUCAGUUUGUUUGCCAUUCUAAGUUGCAUAAAAUAAGUCUGCAACUGCAAGUACUGUAAUGCAGGGGUUCCUAAACUUUUAAGAUAACGGAAUGCCCACCAAAUAUCCCCAUAUUAAAUGAUUAUAAAUCAAAGACAUUAAUAAAGUAAUUUAAAUAAAAACUUCAAAUAAAGAGACAAAACAUUUUAAUAAUAAAAAUUUUAUUAUAAAAUUAAAAAGGUAUAUAAAUGUUAGGUUUUUUUUUCUCUUCAACCGACUUAAAAAGAAAGAGAUUCUUAAUUCGCAUGUAUUUUUUUACGUUUGUCGCCUCAUAACUCUGUCGGUAUUGUGAAACCAAUUUGAAAAAUUCCCUUUUUAUCUGAAAGAGGAUAUACUUACAGAUUGGUGUCGUAGAAAUUUUAUCAAAAUCGAUUUAGUAGUUCAGUUUUUAGAACAAAAUAACUGGUUUUGUCACAAUUCAAGUUUUUUUUUGUGGUACACAAUCUUCAAUUAUAAAAUAUCAUUAGCUCCUUUAGAAUUAUGACUUCACUACAUUGAAAUUUGAAAAAAAUUGCAUUCCAAUUAAUAAAAUAUUAAUUUAAACAUGUAUAAUAUUAUGGAAUACCUUAAAAUUUUUAAAAAGUAAAUUAUAGGGUAGAUAAAAAAAAGCUAUAGUUUUGAGCGACCUUCAAAUGAAGGGUGUUCUAUUCGUUUGAAUUUUUAUAAAACAGGGUACCGUAACUUGAAGUUCGGGCUUUUGGUGUGAUUAUGUGGCGUUUAUUAUAUACAUAUAAGACUAGCCAUCCGCCCCGGCUUCGUACGGAUAAAUGGGUAUUUUACAUUAGCUUUAAUAGGCAAAUUUUUGAUACCUUGAGUUACAUUAUUUUUAAAACUCGUAGGGCCUUUAAUUGUCCAUUGCUGAACAUAAGCUCCCUCUUAAGAGGUUUUACCGUAAAGCAGUUGUGUUUGCAUGGCUGUGUUUCGGUUUGAAGGGUGGGAUAUGGCGUGAAUUUACAGGGUACAGAGGAAUAACACCCGAGUCCUCAGGAAUGGCAACGCAUGGGGGGUAUCAUGGGCGAAACAGUACACUCUGUUAUGUCCACGGUACUGCUUAUGUCUAUAGGCAACGGUUACCACUUUCCAUCAGGUGGGCCGUCAGCUUGUUUGCCAUUCUAAGUUGUAUAAAAAAAAACGUUGCCAUGCUUGGUAGACGAAUUGGCAACCGCAGUUAGGCUUUAGAGAUGUUUUAAGAGGGACGCUACUGCCUAUCCCUCGCCCUCUUUUAGUCGCCUCUUACGACACCCACGGGAAAGCCACGCCUAUCCUAUGCCGGGAUUGGGAAAUUGAGAAUGAUAUAGGCUAGUUUUUAUUCUGGUUAUACGGCCGAAGUCACGGGUAAAAGCUAGUAAAUGUAUGAUCGAAUCGAGAAACCCUUCCUUUGAAUAGUCGCUUGAAAAUACUCAAUCUUAUGUCCAAAUAGGACUCGGAUAUAAUCAAAUUUAACAAUAAUGUAUAAGAUUUACAAAAUAUAUAUUUAUGUUACAUGUA